CAUUGAUCUGAAAUGCACCACGCACAAUUAAAGGAAAAGGAUCAACUAGAGUCAUCCCUCGAGUUGGUCCUACCGGAAAAUAGUGAUGAAGUAAAGUUCAUUGGACUAUUGCUCAUGGCAGAGAUCCUUCAACAUGAGCAAGAUUUAAAUACCGUGACCCGAUAUAUGGACAGUUUAGACUUUGCUUUUUUAAAGCGCAUGAUGCAAAUCCAACCACACGAAGUGCCAAAGAAUGCGGGCGUCAAUGCUGCAGAAAUCCGCGCUAUUUCUGUAGACAUCAUGAGCUGCUUUGCUCUGCAUUGGCAGCUACUGACGAGGAGCGAGUUUAAAGAUCAAUUGCCCACCAUGCUCAGUCUGCUCUCAUCGACUGAUGAGACUAGGGCUAGUGAAAAAAUCUUACAGAUCAUGAUCAAAGUUUCAUCAUAUCCACAAGUAUCUAUGAUCUUGACCAACCCUAGAUAUCAAGGGAUUAUCGUUGAUUACAUCCUUGAUACAUUUGACAGGAAUGACAAAGCACAUGAGACCGCCAUAUCAAUAUUCAAACGUACGUUUUUGAUCAUUGAAGAGGGCUUCCACACAAAUCCAACGACAGUACUCAGCAUUACCAAGGCUUUUUUGCCCGUCAUCAUGACAAAGAUCUCGAAACGAUUUCAACGCGUGACAGAGACACACAAAUCCGAAAUAUUACGGCUAAUGACUGAAUCAUUGAUCUUUUUACCAGAGAAGUAUUUGAAUCAACAUGUAAAAGCACAUCAAGAAGAGACAACGACGUGGACUAGGAGCAUUAAAUCAGGCCUGAUUCAACUUUUGAGUACUCGACAAGCGCCCUCUACUCGCGAUAAUACCUUCAUACUAAUCGGAAUCCUUCUGAAGAUGGGUCCUGAAUGGCUUUAUCCUGAACUCCCAUCGUUAUCAGCAAUAAACCCUGCUACAAGCGCUUUCAACAAAAAGAAAACGCCUAGUACACUUGUCGCUUCCAUGGAAACACUUUCACUCUCGGAUGAGGAGAUUGAUAAAAAAUUUGUGACAUUAGUUGUACAUCUGGCAUGUGUCGAAGCGCGUGUGAUUUUGGACGAACUUGCAGAAGAUCUACCCAAUGUAGAUUGCAGUACCAAAUCAAAGGGUGUCUUUAGCUCAGAAGAAGAAAUCAAGCAGGCCAAAAUUCGAAAGGAGCAAGUCCUACCAGUGACAUACGAAAUCCUUGAAGUUUCCAUCCACUAUUUAGUCCGUAUGGAAACUGAACCCGAACUCGGUGGCCUUAGAGGACGGCCAUUGUUUGAUGCGACUACAUUACUCAAGUUUCAGGACACACUCGUUGGUGCUUAUUCAGCUAUAUUGGAUUACUUGAAAGACUUGCAGCAAAGUGUUAACUACGAUCCCGCAUCGCUAGCGAAAAAUUUGUUGUAUCUGGCGUCAAUGAGGGUCCUAUCUUCGUUCUUGAUUGAGGACGCCUCUCUGCAGACACAGGCCCUGCCACUGGUUGAACCGCUUGAAGCCGUAGUUCGCUAUUGCCGCAGCAAAGCUUCUUUCAAGUCAAUAACCCCAACUUUGGAAAUUAUCCUUGACCGAUUUCACGAAAUCAUUUAGUAAUAAAUGCCUGG